UGUUGGAAGAUGCAGAACAGUAAGCUGUUUACAGGUGAAGGGUAGAGACCUGCGCUGCCGGAGGUCCGCGCUGUCACAGAAGCGUCUGCCUUCGUGUUUGUGCGCGUGUAAUAUCCGCCUGCAGUGGCCACCACCUUGAAGCACCACCAUGUCGGAGCUGCAGGAAGAGCAGGGUGCAAGGAUCGGCUGGCCUGACGUCCUGGUGAUCGUGGCCUACUUCAUCUUCGUCCUCCUAGUGGGACUCUGGUCCUCUCGGCGGAGUCAGAACAACAGCGUGUCAGGAUACUUCCUCGCUUCAAGAGAGAUGCACUGGUUACCCGUCGGCGCCUCUCUCUUCGCCAGCAACAUCGGGUCCGGGCAUUUUAUCGGCCUUGCGGGAUCCGGAGCUGCUUCGGGCAUCGGCGUCGCAGGGUUCGAACAGAGCUCCAUCUACACCCUGAUAAUGCUGGGGUGGCUGUUCUUGCCUGUGUACCUGAGUUCCGGCGUAUACACGAUGCCGGAAUAUCUCAGGCUGAGAUUUGGAGGACAAAGGAUUCGCGUUUACCUCUCUUGUCUGGCGCUCAUCCUCUACAUCUUCACGAAAAUUUCGGCCGACCUCUACGCAGGCGCGCUGUUCAUCCAAUUAGCGCUGAACAAGAACUCUUCUGAGUGGCUGUACUUCUCCAUCCUCAUCCUGCUCGCCAUCGCCGCCAUCUUCUGCAUCGCCGGCGGGUUGUCGGCCGUCGUGUGGACCGACUUCGUGCAGACCAUCCUCAUGGUGGGCGGAGCCUUCAUUCUCAUGUUCCUCUCCUUCAGGGAGGUAGGUGGUUUCUCGAAGCUGGUAGAGGAUUACCCUUAUGCGCGUGCGAGCGUGCGUGCAACGGAUCAGCAAAAUAAGACCUGCGGGGAACCAUCACCAUACUACCUGUCCCUCCUGCACCCGAUCCAGCCCGGCCUGUCCGACUACCCAUGGACGGGCAUGAUCAUCGGACUUCGCAUCAACUCCAUGUGGUAUUGGUGCACCGACCAGGUGAUUGUUCAGAGGGCGCUGGCUAGUAAAAAUAUGACACACGCCAAGGCAGCGUGUAUCCUCACAUCCUACCUCAAGUUCCUUCCGCUGUGGCUGCUGGUAUUCCCGGGGAUGGCUGCCCGCAUCCUGUACCCCGAGCGCGUGGCUUGUGCGGACCCCCAGGAGUGCAUUAAGAUCUGCGGAAGUCCUGGAGGAUGUAGCAACAUUGCCUAUCCCGAGCUAGUCUUAAAUCUGUUACCAACGGGGUUGUCGGGGCUGAUGCUGGCGGUGAUGAUGGCGGCCCUCAUGACCUCCCUCACAUCGAUCUUCAACUCCGCUUCCACCAUCUUCACGAUAGAUAUUUGGCUGCUGUUCAGGAAGAAGUUCAGGUUCGGUCGAAUGGCGUCUAAGCCCUCGGACACGGAACUGCUCUUUGUGGGGCGAGUUUUUGUGCUCGUCCUUGUCGCUAUUUCGGUUAUAUGGAUUCCUGUGAUUCAGAACUCCGGCAACUCCCAGCUUUUCCACUACAUCCAGUCCAUCUCCUCAUUCUUGGCGCCACCUAUUUGUGCAGUGUAUAUAUUAGCCAUCUUUUGGCCGAGGACGAAUGAGGCUGGCGCUUUCUGGGGCUUGAUGACUGGCCUCCUCAUAGGAAUGAUUCGAUUCGUCAUCCAGUUCUCGUACCUGGUUCCGACUUGUGGCGACAGCACGCCAGACCCUCGACCUUACCUGGUGAAGCUACUGGUGGGGAAUGUCCACUACUUGCACUUCGGCUGCAUCCUCUGGCUCAUCACCUGCGUGGUCACCGUCGGCGUCUCCUUCAUGACAGAACCCAUCCCUUCGGAAUGCCUGUACCGCCUGACGUUCUGGUCCCGGCGCGACCCUCGAGUCAGACAGUCGAUCAAGGGAGAAGAGGAUGACGAAGCGGAGAGCUUCGAGGAGCCAGGGAGGCAAAGUGAGAAGGGCGAGCCGCAGCAGAUGGAGGUAGAAGAGCCAAGAGAGGAGCCCAGCCUGUGCCACCGCAUCGUGAAAUUCUUCCAACCCGAAGCCCCCAGCGAGGAAUCCCCGGCAAGGGUCAUGCUCAGUAAGGAACAGGAGGCCAAGGCUGCCGCCGACUUUUUGAAGGAACCGCCAUUCUGGAGGAAAUUCGUAAACGUCAACGCCGUCAUCUCUCUCACCAUCGCCUCCUUCGUCUGGGCCUUCUUCGGAUAGGAUAAUACGUCGCCGUAUAUUUACAAAUGUGUAGAAUAUGUGUAACAUAUAGUGUGGCACAGGGCUCGAGGGCUAAUAUGGAGUAUAUCGUACAUUCACACUGCGAAUGCACAGCGUUCAUAUUUUUUUUUCUAAACCAGUUACAUUUUGGUGAACACCAAAUGUCAAAAAUUAUCUGAAGGAUGAAGGAUGACGUUAAAGGUCGUUUGCUAGAUCAAAAAAUCUCUUUGAAUAAUGAGUUAUCCUUGUUGCUAAAAGUGUAAUUUUUUAUCAUAAUAACAUUGUAUCAUGUAUUUUGUAAAGUCCGUACCAUUACAAAGCCAAAUAUGAUACCAAUCUUUUGUACAAAUCAGUACUCGACUGAAUUAACUUAGCCAGUUGUUUAUCUUUGACACUUAUUGUUAUUGUACAUCAUCCAGGGUGUAGCAGUAUUUCAUAAACAAAUAUAUAUGUAUAUAGAUCACGUAUAAUAUAAGAUUUUUCGUAGA